AUGUCAGCCGGGUGGGUGGUGUUAUCUACCAAAUGGGACUUUGCAGACGUGCAGGCCAUUCUCAACGUAUUGAUCAGUUUAUGGGGUGCCAUUGGUAUCUGGACUUUCUCUCGAUACUGGUACCAAAGAAGCAGCACCAAGAUCCUCGAACGCCGUGAUGUGGACCUGGCCACUCUCUUCACGUUCACCGGCCCAGGAGAUGCCUGGGACCUGUUGUUGCUGCUCGGCAAGAGGCUGUUCUCGCUGCGAUAUCUACCGCUGUUGUUCCAGAUGAUUGCAGUUUUCUUCGUGACUACCGUCACCAUCCUUGCUGGUCCCAUCGCCAGGUUCUCACUUCGGUCUGGCACAGUCCUGCGCCAAAGAAGUUUGCUUGGGCUUUCCGCGAAAGUCGAGAGUACGGGCAGCAACUUGCAAAUCAGCUCGGCCAACGUGCCCUGGAACGAGACUAUGUACAGCCUGAAUACUGCCAACUUUCCAUAUGAUCAGUUGUUGGACUGGCUCCCGCCGAGCACGUCUUCAUGGACGUAUGUUUCGGAGGAGUGGAAUUCAACGUGGCACGCUCGAUGCCAGAGAACUCCCCAGAAGUUCCUCGACAUAACUGCCAAUCCUAACUAUACCAUUGCCGAUCCCAUCAGGGCCUUUCCAGCGUACGGGUCCACCUUCCCACCCGGUUUGCUGAACGAUGAAGAGUUUCGAUAUGAAGUAGACUUCUGUGGGUGGAUAAACUGGGGCGAUUAUCCGACGCCUGUUAUCGAUGAUGUAGUCUUCUAUGUGCUGCUUUCUACAAAUCCAGCGAUAGACGACCAGAUGCACCAAAACCGGGCACCCCUCCACCUAACAUUAUCAUCACUACAUUUCAGCAAUGCCACCUUGUUGGUAGAAGACAGAUUAGUGGACGAAUCGGACACUUGGCGCGUGGAAGGCGAUGCACAAGCAUCCAGCUAUACUCGGAUCGACUGUGAGCUCACUCGACACACCCAAGUCGCGAAUGAAAACACAAUCGCGUGGCCGUGGACCAAUGACACCUCUUCCAUUGUCAAUGCCUAUGCCGAUUACUAUCGCGAGGGGGUCGCAGACAUGUCUGAUAAUCACCAAACCGUCUCGCCUCUUUCACCCGAAGAGCUAUUUCGCUUCUACCAGACAUACAUGAUUACAGCCGCCACAGACGACGACCUUGCGACGAACAGGACUAUAAGUGUAUUGGUAGAAGCGGUUGAGAUGUCGCUUGCCUGUCUUGUUAUCUUCGUCCUGCUCAUUCUAUUGGUUAUCGUCGGAAUUGUUCGAUAUGUCAGCUUCUUCAUCCGGCAUCGGAAUAGACUUGACGAGCACAACGUCCCCGAUGCAAAGCUGGAGUGGAUGCUUCACACGUUCCGAAACUCACAAUAUAUCACGGAUCACGAUCGCCGGCUGACGAAGCGUGAGCAGUUCGAGAAUGGCGUCUAUUCCAGCAGGUGUCUCAAUGAUCGUUCGCAGUUGCCAUCGCCAGGGAUCGCACGCAUCUAUAGCCGGCAGUCGUCCAUCGCCGUCUCACCCAAGUCUGAGCAACGAACACCCUCCAAAUCUGCAGACACCCCUGUCAUAGAUAUGAGGAGCAAGGCCUCUGAAGAAUCAAACAACGUGGAAAAGGCCGCAUUGUCGACGAACACCACAGUCGCAGAAGAGAACUCGAAUCCAUAA